AUGAGGAUCUGGAAUCUCAACCCCCUCAACUCGCUACCACACCGAUGGCCACAGAAAGUGCCCAACCCCAUAGCUUCCCUCUUUACCAGCAUGGUCUUCAGGGACAUGUUUCUUCUGUUCUCGUUGUCUCUGUUUGUCCCCUAUUUGCCCCCGUUGAGCUCCUCCCACACCGAGGGCCACAGAAAGUGUCACAAUCUGCAGCUUCCUUCUCUUGGAACAGCAGUCGCGCUGUGCAGGCGUGCUCGUUGCAGCUCCGCAGCACAGUCUCUGGCCUCAGAGUCACCAGGCAGCAUGUUCUCCUGCCGGAAGUCUGUGCUACUGUUCCUGAUGAUCGCGUAUUCAGGUGGGGUUGGAGCACUUACCCAUGAGGCCUUGCACCAGCAUACAGCCCCAGAGGUGCAGCCACAGACGACGAAAGACACUGCAGCCCCUAAAGCCCCUAAAGCCCUGCAGUUGCUCGCGACUCUCGGCCAGACCGCUCUCCUGCCCUGCGACCUCCCAGACCCCCCUCCCUCUCUGCGUGACCUCCGGCUCUUCUGGCAAACAGCCAAAAGACACGAGGUGGUUCACGUCUUCAUCAAAGGCCGGGAAGAGUUUGAACAUCAGUCCCCUGCCUACCAUAACAAGACCCGGCUCUUCACCAGUCAGCUGCAGUUUGGCAACUUCAGCCUGGAGUUACGCAACGUCUCUGAGCACGACAACCUCACCACCUUUCAGUGUGUUGUAUGUUAUGGCAGCCUGGACUGUAAGACAACACUGAUUGACCUGUGGACAGUGGAGAGAAAAGAUGAUGGUGGCAAGGAAGAGUCAGUAGCGCCCCCUGCUGACAGGAGGGUGUGGCACAUCGGUAUCCCAGCAACUGCUUGUCUGUUGGGGCUACUGAUACUGACCUUUAUUAUCUGCCUCUGUCUAGGCACUGGGAACAAAAGCAGCUCAUCAUCCCCAUACAACAGCACUGACCCAGAGCGUGGUAAGGGGCCUCAGAAUGACCAUCUGAUGGCAGAAGAGUCCACAGUGGAGCUGGAGAUGAGAGAGGAGGAUGGAGGAGAAAGAAAGAGGGAGAGAGAGGAGGAUGGAGGAGCGAGAGAACAGAAGCAGGAUGGAGGAGGGAGAGGACCAUGGCAGUGGAGCACCGCUCUCUGUCCCUGCAGAACGGACACAGUGGAGGACAAGAACAACAACAACAACAACAGCAACGGGAGAAGCAUCUCCGCCUUACCUGUGUGAGAAACAACCCUAGAUAUUAGCUAUGACACGCAACACAUAAUGACAUUAUUAUAUAUUAUAUAUACCAGAGCAAGCUAGGCUUCUCUAUAGAAAUGUUACUAUACGUACGGUUUCCCAAAACACUGAAGACUGUUUGAUUGAAUUGAAUGUCAUUUCCAACAUUUGAAGGUCCCCCUUGUCUUCAUAUUACUGCUGCCACAAAAACAUGACAUAAUGGGUGUUCAUUUUCUUGUUUUGACGUAUAAUAAGCUGGGCAAUGUUGAGAUAUGUUUCCCUACGUAUACUGACCAGCAGAUUAUGCAUUACCCCUCACAUUAUAAAGAUAAUCAUAUUAAAGAAGAAUAAUAGUAAAGAUAACAAUUAAUAAUAAUAAUAAUAAUAAUAAUAACAAUAAUUAUAAGAAGAAGAAGAAGGUCGCUCAGAGAGUGCAGAAGUCCUCCAAGGCCAUGCAACUGAGUACCUGUGUGCAGUUGACAACCCUCAGCUAGACCAACAGCCUGGUCUCUGCUGAAUUACUGUACUUAAACAGGCAUGGGCUUGGUCAGUACCAUUCUACUGCUAAGGUUUCCUGCCAUUCAGACCAUCUGUAAAAUAGACAUAGUUUCAUCAUUCAGUUAAUUCGAUGUCACUGACACUAUAUUACUGAAACUCCAAAGCCUCUCUUCUGGGUAAGUUUGUAUAUAGAUUUCAAAAACUCACAACUGACAAGUGUCCUACCUGUUAUUUACAUUUUUACACCACACAAGUCAGAAUGUCUAAGGUCUUUGCUUCUGGUAAAUCUGGGCCUCCAGUAUGUGCUCUCACAGCUUCUAGUGAUCAGAGAAACCAUGUUUAUAUAUAUAUAUAUAUAUAUAAUACACAUAUACAUAUACUGCAGCAGUAUUAAGACAGUAGCACAAAUAUUAAUAUCUUUAGGCUGUCCAUGAUUCAUGGUCAAACAGGUUUAUCAGGUUCUUCCUGUGACCAAGCUACAACUAGUUUUUUGCAUAAUCCUGAAUAGAGAUAAACAAGCUAACUGCACAUAAAUCAUGACCUCCUUAUUAGCAGAAAUGAUGAUGAUGGUGAUGAUGAUGACAGUGGUGCACAGAGAAUAUGUUAACACUCUGGAAGGUUUUUGUAAAAAAGAAAAAAAAAAGGUUUCUAUUGCGAAUGCAUUGGAUAUAUUGACUCGCCCCUUUAUCAUAUAACUGCCAGACAUGCCCAGACAAGCCCAGACAUGCCUUCUAGCCAAUGACGUGUUCUGGGUUAUGAGUGUAAUGCAGCACAGGAGCAUUGUUCUGAGUUAUGAGUGUAAUGCAGCACUGGAGUGCCCCCUCGUGGAGAGGAGGGACACUGUAUUUGAGUUGGAUGAGUGUUGUACAAAUGAAAUGAAUGAUAAAAACUUUAUUGUGUUUUUGUUUCAAAACCAUGUUAAUCCACUAGUAUCCUACCUCCCUUCAGGUCUUGCUUCAAAAGUGGAGCAACUUACCCCUUUAUAGUAUAAACAAUGUAGCGUGUUUGGCAGACUUUUUUAAGUUUACGUUUUUCAGACAUAUACUUUUUGAUUUGUUGUCUUUUGGGAAGCGAUGGAAACUGAACCAUCAUUGACAAGAACACUUCGAUUUCAGUUUAGUAUAUAAAAACAAAAUGACAUUUUAGCCACUGAAUACGUUCAUUCCAGUGAUAUGUACAACCACAAACAUCAUGUUGUCCCUGAGCUCCGUAACGACAUAUCAUAAAGGUUUGCAACUUUACACAGUAAAUAAUAAUCAGAGAAAUUGCACAGAAAAUGUGCAUGCUGUGAUAACUACUGUAUGUGCAUGCUGUGAUAACUAUGUGCAUGAUGUGAUAACUAUGUGCAUGAUGUGAUGUGCAUGC